UGCCUCAUCUUCUCGCUUCAUUACUUUCUCUUGUUAAAAAAAAACAAUUCUCGGUUCAUCCCCUUCCGCGGCCGACUGCGACGGCCACGGCGACGCCAUGCGUGCCCCCGCAUCUCCUUCCGCCUCACCGCCACCUGACCUCUGCCUUCUGCGGAGCCACGCCGUCGACUCCUUCCAGAGGUGCGCCUCGUCGCUGGAAACCUCGUCCCCAUACCAGAGGUGAGGCACCAGGACGUGCGCGAGCCCACGGUCCAGAUUGAUGGACGAGGCAGUGGAUGGGUGCUGUGCGCCCAAGCACGCAGCUCGUCGGCCCUGGGAGGAGGUGCGGCUGCCAUCUUCCUCCUGCCUCCCUGCUUGCUCCAAGGAACCCUCACGGGGAAGGGGGAAAGGAACAACCAAUAAGGGGGAGAAAGGCGGAAAUAAUCAAGACCAUAGACAUUUUUGGACGUGGGUUGUCUGUAGUGUCCAAGUCUCAAAUCUCAAUUGACAGUUUCAUUGUGAUUUUUUGGAAUGUUUUCUAUCUAAUCAAAGAGACAUACUCUGUGUACAGAUAUUGUUAAGUGGGUUAUCCAUGAAGCCGCAAAACAGGGAUGGCCACAUAAAUUCAGUUUUGUGGCUGCUGCAUAGCACACUUAUUUGAUAUGUUUUGCUCAUUUUUUUUUAUUUCAUAUGUGGACAGCUAGUGGCGUCCACUGGCGGUGCCACUUGCAUUCUGAAUUACGGGUACCACGAUGAACUUGGCAAAAUGGGAUUUGAUGAGAGAAAUCACCGAGUGGUGCCGCACUUAUCUAGCUUCUAUAUGCUUCAAGAGUUUUUAUGUUGCUUCUGCUCUGAUGCUCGUCUCCAUAGCCAUCCUGACACUAUUUGGACAUGUACUGCAGCUUCACCCGGGAUAGCUAGGAGUUCAAUGGAAGCAACCUAUGGGAAUCAUGGUUCGUUGCUGGAAUGCUAUUGCUGGCUUCUGUUCGAGGAAUCUUCUUCGCAACCUUCUUGAGGAACAUGGAAAGUGAAUACUUCUCAAGUCGAUGCCCUUGGUGUGGUAGACAGCGUUGGUUUCUUUCGUCAGUUCGGGUCUUCUAAGUCGGGGUGGCUGUGUAACAUUUUCAACAUUGGUGUUCCAUUGUGACACGCAAGUACAUACAAAAUUAGUCCCAUGUAUUUCAUGCAGCUAGGUUUUAUGAAAUACUCCCUCCGUCUAACAUUUUGGGACGGAGGGAGUACUAUGAAAGUAUGCCCAGAUUCAUAAUGUGAUGCACAACCUCCAUGUUUUAUGUAAUGAAAUAUCCAUGUAGCAUGGUAAACUCCCACAGUCCUGCUUCAUGGCCAGUUAGCUACCAAAGAUCCUGUAAACAGUCAGCAUCACCUAGUCGAAAGGCUGGCCCCUCGCCCCAUGAGAGGAUUAAUUCCUGGCCAUGUAAAAUUGUGGUGCAUGCUUCAUUCAAGCAAGCAGUAUCCUGCACCACAACAAUAGAGAUAAGGGUUAUGGCUAUUUAUAUUUUCUAACAGUCUUUGGUCCUCUAUUCCUUUCUCUGCUUGCAGUUUGGACUUGGUCUAAGCAUCAUGCACAUAAUCUAGACUUCUAGAGCGGCAAACUGGCGUUCUCUAGGAGGACAGAUUGGUGGUGAAAAAAGAGGUGCAGGGAGCUCAUUUUUAGUGGUGGAAAAAGAGUUCAGCUAUGGUUAAUGAUACCUGCAUGAUGUUGAAGAAUGAGGUCCAUCUUGAUGUAAGAGGAGUGUACCGAUAUGCAAGAGAUUUGUGGGGCUGCCAUGUUAUCCGCAUCGACACACUUGUAUUACUCAAUGCAUUUGCCUACGUAUUCCUCGCCACUUUUGGGCCCCAGCGCCGCCGCUCCAAAAACUGGUUCAUCCAAAAAGGUACCUUGGUCGCAAACACUCUGUCCUUCUUACUGGGAACAUACACCCUUGGUUCAAUGCAAUCUUCCAAGGUGAAGAGCGGCAUGUACCCCGUUUGGGCCGCAACUCUCUUCAUCCUUCACGUCUGUACCAACACAGCUUAUAGUCUUGAUGACAAUAAACACGUAACGAGGGUCCUGUACCGGUUGGUGUUCUACAAUGUAUAUGGGGGAUUGCUUUUGAUGACUGCAAUUGGAAAUGGAAGUUCUGCCCCCCUUGUUAUUAUUUUAUAUGCUGUUGGUCAAUAUAAAUUCAAGUAUAUACAAGCACCAUGUGUGCUGGCAAGCUGUUCAUGGAACCUGAAUAAAAUGGUUGCUGAUUACAUGUAUGACGAGCACACCAAGGGUGAAUUUGUUCCAACCACCAUGAAAGGUUGCCAUUACCUGGUUGACUGGCCCCUCGACAACCCCAAGUUGGGUGCUCCAUCGUAUGCAUCACGAUUUACAUCGGAUGGCAAUGAAGUCAUUGACAUAGAGAAGAUAUGGCUUUGUGAUGACAUUUCAGAAGAGAAUGAGCUAAAGGAUACAUGUCUUUCCUUCUCUCUUUUUCUUCUGCUGAGAAGGCGCUACUUUGGGUUUGCCUGUGGCGAAUCGAAAGAAAGGGCACAUGAUUUUGUCUUCAAGGGGCUGCUACGGGAGAAUGAGGAAGGUACCACAGACUGCAACCGGGCUUUUAGGCUGAUUGAGGUUGAGUUAGCAUUUAUGUAUGAUUUCUUUUUCACCACAUCUGCCGCCAUUUAUUAUGGAUCAAGGGCUGCAACAGUUGCAGCAUUGCUUUCAGUUUUCUUCCUCUCUCUUACAAUACUUUCGAUAGUCAGCUUGCAUCCAUCACCCAUACAUGAAGGUGACAUGGCGAUCAGCUUAUUCAUACUUGCAUCUGCUGCUUUGCUUGAAUUGCUUCAACUGCUACUUUACUGGACUAGCAUUUGGAGCAGAGUAUCCUUUGUCUGUCAGUAUCUCAGAGAACAAGCACGAUUGAACACAAGGGGAAGCUGCUGCUCCUGCUCCUCCUGGUGCCGCUGCCGCUGCGUGCUGCUAAGAUUGAAAGGGCUUCUUGCCAAAAUUGGUGUGCAUUGGACACCAAACAAACACUAUUGGCAGCACAAGCUUGGGCAGUACUCCUUACUUGAUUACCGUCCUAUGUUAUGUGACAAGUUCAAGGAUUAUUUGGGUAGAUUCACAAUAUCUUCAGAUCCCACACAUGCAUCGCCUAUCCUCCAUCCAAUAGACUAUCACACACGGAGGGUUCGUCAAAAACGUGGGAAAUCUACAGAGAUAACUGCAGAAGUACAGAAGGCACUUAUUUACUCCCUCAAACGUUCCAAUGGUGAACUAACGAAUGGAAAAUCAUCACUAGUGUCCAAUGGAGCAGGACACCUUUUAUGGGCUUGUGAACGGGCCGUGCACUCAGAAUCAGACACAAGCUGCAUUAUUCUGACUUGGCACAUUGCGACAUGGUACUGCGAGAGGGGAACUCUUGGAUGCAGCCCUUGCCCAGACGAGGAAACAGAACUCAAGGUCCAUCUUGGUGUUGCCACAAAACUGUCGAAAUACUGUGCAUACCUGCUGGUCUCUGCACCAAAACUUCUUCCAGGGCACGAAUAUGAUACGAGCUGUGUGUUUGACGAAGUUGCAGAGGAAGCUAGGAAAUUGCUGUCAUAUGUGAAUGUGAGGGAUAAGUAUCAAGCACUGAAGAACUACGGACUAGAAGAAUCAGAGGCUACCAUCUUCCAGAGUGGCGCUAAAUUGGGAAAGCAGCUAGAGGAGAUAGAAGAUGUUACCAGGCGUUGGAAGGUGCUAGCUGAUUUCUGGUCUGAGAUGCUGCUCUACAUCGCGCCAUCAGAUAAUGUCGACGAGCACAUCGAGCAGCUCACACGGGGCGGCGAGUUCAUCACCCACCUGUGGGCUCUGCUCUCACAUGCUGGCAUUCUACAGAGGGGUCAACCUAAUCUUAGCAAUAUACGUGCAGAAAAUAGUAAGGGUAGUUCUGCGAGACACCAAGAAAGUGAGCAAAAUUCAGCAAAUCUUGAAGAAAAUACUCAGGAUAAUUCUGCGAGAGCGAGACACCAAGAAGUUGUGCAAGAUUCAGUAGAUCCUGAAGAAGCUACUCCACUUGCUGAUCAUCCGGUGCAAAUUCACGACAAUCUGUUAUCGACUCGUCUUACCCUCCAAGUUCAUUCACAAGGUGUUGGGGCCAGACCGCUACAAAUACCUGAGCAAGAUAUAUCUACAGAAAAUGAAUGCCAUAUUGAUGUUCCUGAAGCUCCAAGCACCAUGCAGCAAGCUCUCCCUGAACAAGACAGAUAACUCGUCAAAGGGCCGUCGGAUCAGCUCAGUGAGAAAAGGGCCGGACAGUUACAAUUCCAGGCAUCUCCUGCAAUUCCACGAUAAAUGUGGAACGUUUAGCAAAGCUGCUUCCUGAUCCUGCUGUUUUUUGCAACAACGGGUUUGAAAACGGAUUGUGUGCUUUCGUCUAAAACUGAAAAUUGCUCAUGUGAAGGGUCAGGAAAUCAAUUCAUUGGAGAAAAAUGACGUGGAAUCCAUCCAUGUCAUCAGGACCUGAAGGUGAGGUGUUUGUCCCCAAAAUGGUGUGAUGCCGAUGGUUAUGGUUAUGUAUGCCUCGUAAAACGUGUGAUCCCUAGCUUGUAGCAGGAACUUUGGUCCUUAGAUGAGCAAGUGAGAUGAGAGCUUGUUAACUUAUCUUUUGUUGAACUUGGUCUGGAUAACCGUAUCUGGCUUCGUUUCAAUGAAAUGGAACCGCGGUGAGCCCCUGAUUAGCGGGGUAAAAAAUGACUUGGA